AUGGGUUUGAAGCAGGGUUUUGAAAGUUGCAAUGAGGAGGAAGCUGGAGGCAGUGGAGAUUCAUGUCUGAAAGAAAUAUGUGAGACACAUCAGUUGUUAUUGGACCAUGAAGAGAUUCUGGCUCCUGACAGCAAUGAUCGGCUUCACACUUUGUUGUCAGACCUUGGAGAGAGACCCUCUGUGCAGAGUCUGGUGGGAGAAACUAUUGAGCCUGGGUCUGGUUCAGUUGGCCGAAUGGAGGUGUGUCUUGCCCUCACUAACAAGUUUGACAUGACUGAAGCUGCAGAAGAUAAAGAUGCCAAAGAAUUUAACAAACUCUUUAAUAGAACAAAGCAACUCUUGGUGGAUGUCAUAAAGUGUGUUGAGGGCGGAGUAAUUGGAGAGCUGGUGACAGGGCCUACAUUACCACCCCAAGAGGAAAAGUACCGAAGCAUUGUCCAUACUCGUGGUCAGCAAGAGCACCAAGCUAAACUAAAUCAUACCACACUUAAUCGUUCAAAUUCUUUCCUUUCUGAAACUAGGGUUAGUCUUCAUGAAGUAAAGACACGCUUGAGUCACAACCUGCGUCGGCUAGAGAAUCAAGGUCUGAGUUCACGUUCAGAUAAUUACCAAACACUUCUCAAUUCUAUUGCAAGUGAUAUUGUCAACCAAAGACAGCAUCGAAUAUGUAGAAAAAUGGAGCUCCAGAGAUUGUUGAUUACUGCCAAACAACUUGAGGAUAAGGAGCAGUUUUACAAGGAACAGCUUGACUCCUAUCACACAUACCUAAAAACUUGCCUCAAAAAUAUUGCUGCUAGAAAUAAGAAUGUGCAUCAGACAUACGGCAAACAGGGUGGUGAAAAGGCUCGAUCUAAGCAGACACUUAAAUAUACAGCUGCAAAGCUUAUAGAAAAAGGUGUGUUACUGGAUGUUGAAGAUCUUCCAGAAUCUCAGCAUAAAAACAUUUUGUUUGAGAUCACUCCUCUAGCCACCACAGGAAUUUUCUAUGUACAAGCAAAGUUUAUGGGUGUUCCCAUGGAAAAUGUUGAGAUUGAUAUUCAGGAAUUACUUCAGUUGCAGUAUGAAGGAAUAAAUGUCAAGAAAAUGUUCUCAAAGUCAAAGUGAAUGUGAAUCUACUUAUUUACUUCCUUAAUGCAAAGUUCUAUUCAAAGAAGAAAUUAGUUUUCUAAAGUUCAAAAGUUUACACAAUUAAAAUGUGUUGCAGAUGUGCUAAGUUUAAUAAGAAUAAGUGACAUAGCAACUAAGAGUAGCACAUUCUAAGUCACAAUUUAAUGUUUUAUUCCCACCAAGACAGACUGAUUCAAAGAUGAGAAGUCUUUCAUUAACACUUGCUCUCUAGCCACUUUUCCAGAAGUGCACAAGUAUAGUUGAUCUAGAAAGUUGUGCACUUUUCUCUCAUUAACUGGUAAAAGAUCCUUUUUCAUCAUUUUUCUACAGAACAUCAUGCAAUUUAAAGUUAAAAUAUGCUUAUAGUUGAAAUUGCUCCUUGCUAUAGGAGUGUUUGAAAAAAUUUGUCAUGCCUGUAUGUAAAUGAGAUGCUCUAAUAUGACAAAAUAAUAUAUUUAAAUAUUCAGUACAAAGCAUUUAGUAAUUGAUUACUCAGUCCUUAGUACUAUUUUUCACAUUCACUUAAUCUUCAAGCAUAUCAAAUACAGUGGACCCCCGCUUAACGAUCACCUCCAAAUGCGACCAAUUAUGUAAGUGUAUUUAUGUAAGUGCGUUUGUACGUGUAUGUUUGGGGGUCUGAAAUGGACUAAUCUACUUCACAAUAUUCCUUAUGGGAAAAAAUUCGGUCAGUACUGGCACCUGAACAUACUACUGGAAUGAAAAAAGUUCGUUAACCGGGGGUCCACUGUAUAUUAAAGAAUAUGCAAGCAAUAGAAAGUAUGCCAAAGAAUUCUACAGGCUGGUAUGCUCAUAAUAUGUAUGAAGUGAUUGUUACGCAAUUGUCUUUGGAAAGGCAUGGAGUGAAUGAGGAUUGGUUCAGAAGAAUACAAAAAUUGCAAAUACAGGGGCACGAUAAUUUACCUGGAGUUUACCUGGAGAGAGUUCCGGGGGUCAAUGCCCCCGCGGCCCGGUCUGUGACCAGGUAAAUUUUUUUUUGAAGUGCUUAUGGAGAGAUAAUGUACAGAUAGAGAUAUGGCAGGUUACCCAGAAAAGCAUUACGUAUCAGGAAACAAGGCGCUGAGAAAUGGUGCCCAAAGUAAUUUUCUCAUACUACUGUGUGUAUGAGUGAUGCCAUUUGUUUACUUUACACAUUUUGGAUUAUACUUUGAUGCAGUGGCAUUUGGUGCAAAUAUAUUGAUGAAUAACUAUCAUUAGAAAAAAAUUCAAACCUUAUCAAGGAGCAGUUAAUUUUUUUUCUAUAAGGACAUGCCAGAUUCUUAACACUUUUUAUUAUAGAAUGUUAGUGUCAGUAUUCUUAGUAAUGAGAUUUACUUUUUAGACAUUGCUGAUAUCUUUUUUUUUUUUUUGUCAUGUAUCACUUAAGAAUUCAGAGGUGCUAUUUAUAGAUUUAUUAAAAAGGUAAAUAUUAGCAGCCACUGAGAAAAUAUAUGUUCAAUUGCCAUAGUUGAUACAUAUAUACAGUGGAAUCUCUACUAUUCAGUCAUGUUCUUUGUCAUGCAGAUAGCAAACCCUCAGUUUAAUGGACUGAUCUGGGGGGGGGGAGCAUCCGUUAACCCUUAAACUGUCCAAACGUAGAUCUACGUUUACGUGCGUAGUGAGCCGACCUUGAUUUUCUCCAUUUGAAAGCAUGUAAAAAAAAAAAGAACGUAGAUCUACGUUUGGACAGUUUAAGGGUUAAAUCCACAUCAUGAAAAUGUCACGAUUGUAACAGAUUUAAUGGACUUUGUUAAAUCCAAAAUUAAUUUACCCAUGUGACUGUAAGUAUAAUGGACAGUCCUGGAUUUAAUGGCUUUAGUCUGUUGCUUCUGAAUAUUGUUUGGCUACAGAGGUUGUCUGUUACAUUGAGGUUUUUCUUUAAUUUUAGUAGAUUGCAGUCCCUUCCCUGAGUCGUAUUCAUAAUUUAUGUAGCAUAGAACAGUGGCACACAAACUACUAGGAAAAUGGAUAUUUAACAAGGCCUGAGCGUGUUAGAUAGGAGUGAAUGGAGACGAAUGGUACUUGGGACCUGACGAUCUGUUGGAGUGUGAGCAGGGAUUCAGGGAAACCGGUUAUUUUCAUAUAGUCGGACUUGAGUCCUGGAAAUGGGAAGUACAAUGCCUGCACUUUAACCCUUUGACUGUCGAAGGGCCAAAUCCUGAAGUUGCUUCUGGUGUCGCAAAAUAUUUGAAAAAAAAAAAAUUAUUUUUUCUUAUGAAAUGUUAGAGAAUCUUUUCCCGAUUGUAAAGACACCAAAAAAACGAAAUUUGAUGGAAAACUGACGGAAUUACGCUCUCACGAAGUUAGCGACCGGCGAUAUUUAAAAAUCGGCAAUUUCGCCCACUUUGAGCCCUAUUUUCGGCUAAUUCCGUUAUUCCAGUCAACCAAACUCAUAACUAUUUCUUCAGAACUCUAUUUUUUCUAUCGAUUGAGUACAAGAAACUGCCCAUUUACCGAUUUCAACUACCCAAUAACAUGGUCAGAAAUUUGCAAUUUGGCCAAUUUCACGAAAAUUAAAAAAUACGACAAUUUCAAAAUAAGGUCCAGAAUGAACAAUGCAGACAUUCCUGGCUCUAAAAUAACAUUUUCUUUGUUCAUCAGUCAUGUCUCCAGGUCCCUGUGAUAUUACUCUUGCUUUUUAUUUUGAAAUUUUAUUCAAACAAAAAAUAGAAGAUUUACUGUUAUGCAGACUACUGCAAUACUGUAAUAAUUGUAAAAAUUACAUCAACCCAUUCAUGAGUGCGUAUUAGAAUGGCUAUUUGGACAUUUAUUGGACAAUGACAUCAUUUGUUUACUUUUGAACAUCGGCAAAAAUCAAACAUUUCCUGUACUUUGUGCUCCAUUUCCAGGUUCUUUUUAUAGUAAAAUUAAUCAAAAUCACCUCCAUUUCUAUAAUAUAGUUUCCAUUCUAUCAAAUGAGACCAAGAAAACGAGAAUACAACCACAAAUACUAUACGAAAAUAGACCACAAAGUCGGCAUUUUAAUUAAAAAAAACGGUCGGAGUUUUUUUUUCUCAUUAUGCACUGCGUGCUCCAGGAUUUUUUUUGUGGUGCACACUGACCACACAGACCCAUUCUCUCACAUGUGGGCCUACUAGCUUUCUCCUGCCUGAUUUGAAGCCGCUAGAAUUUAUGAGUAUAUAUACGUCAAACACUGUACCUCACAAACGUAUAUAUACGGCCGCGACAGUCAAAGGGUUAAAGAAGGGGUUUGGGAUAUUGGCAGUUUGGAGGGAUAUGUUGUGUAUCUUUAUACGUAUAUGCUUCUAAACUGUUGUAUUCUGAGCACCUUUGCAAAAGCAGUGAUAAUGUGUGAGUGUGGUGAAAGUGUUGAAUGAUGAUGAAAGUAUUUUCUUUUUGGGGAUUUUCUUUCUUUUUUGGGUCACCCUGCCUCGUUGGGAGACGGCCGACUUGUUGAAAAAAAAAAAAAAUGUAUAUUAAUAAGUAGAAGUAGCUUAGAAUUUUCAGCUUUGGGAAGGAAACUGUUUCCAGUGAUUCAGCUUGCCAUGAAUCCUUGAGGGGUGUCAUUUUGUACAUGAAUUAAAGGGAGUGAUUCCCCCUACUGGCACUGUACUGACUUGCAGUAGUGAGAUGAUAAUGGAAUUUUGAAACUGGCCCAAGGCUGGGCUGCAUGAGUAGGAAAACUCUCAAAACCCAUCACAGGUAUGUAUGUAGAUUAUGCAAAAUGAACAUUUGUGUUCUAUUCUUCAUAGGUACUUCAUGUACCAUAUCACUGAAGGAUUGUUGAUUGUGACAUUUUCUAAUUACUAUCACUACCACAUAUUAAUGCAGUAAGAAACCCCAUAAGUAGAGGUGGAAAUAUCCCUACUUGCCUGUUUCAGCUGCAACUAGUUCUUCACAUUUAAGGUUUGUUCUUAAAUGUAAAUAGUAGAUGUUCCACUGUAUGAGUAUAGUUAAAAAAUACAUUUAUUGUGCAGAUUUUAUUUUGUAUAUUUUAUAAAUUGUCUAUCUCCUUUCCCAUAAAUGGGUAAGAUUAAAUAGAGUAGCUUUCUCUGUUUCGUUACAUUCAAUGAAAUGAAGCAAAUAGCUUCUUCCACUCUGAAAAUAUUUGUCAUUGUUCAUUACUCUCAUGAAGUCAGUUUAUCUACUUUGAAGUCUCACUUUACACAUUCUCACAAUUUAUUCUAAAAGCCUUGCAUUACACAAUUCUAAGCCUUGCAAUAACUUCUAUAGCAUCUGUUAACAGCAUUGCACAGAUUUGUUGUUUAUAUCUUCCCCUGUAUAUUAAUAUCUGCAUCAUUCUCUUCAUUCAUCCCACAUGAUCAUAUUUUGCAACACAUCAGUUCCUUUCCUCCAUAUAAUGUACUGUAACAUUUGUUUCUGGUCCUAUUUUUGUAUUUUUAUCCAUGGAGACUUAAGCUGCAUAAAUAUAAAUUACUUUUUUUUUUUCCAUGAAAACUGUCAAAACACUUCCCACUUAUUUCAAAUUGCCAGCCUUACUAAACAUCACUAGUGCAUUUCAAAAUUUAUUUGUAAAUUACAAGAUCUCUUAACACUACUCAGUUUUUUUAUUCAGUCAGUGAAUUAGCAUAAUUCACAUGCAACAAACUUGCUAACUUUCUUUUAUCAUGAUUAAUUUUUAUUACUCUUAUGCUUCCUUGUUCAUCACGUGCAUAACCCUUGUCAGAUAGAUUUUAAAUAGCUGUGGUGUUCUACAGGUUUUUGGUGUACUCUAGAAAAAUUUCUCUUAAAACAUUCAGGAAGAAUUUCACUUCUGCAUUUAGCUGCCUUGUAACAAGAUUGUAAUCCCCCCCCCCUUUUUUUUUUCCCCUCAUUCUGUGCUAUCAAACUGGAUUAUUUGCCUUUCAGUAACAUUAAAAUUCAUCAUAUUUUUUGUUUCUUCCACUUUUAACACUUGGUUUAACCUUCUGUUUAAACUGGUCUGGUUUGCACAAGUCAUCAUCACUUCAGUGUAUUCAGUUCCCUAAAAAAAAUUUUACCUGAAGUAUUAAAUCUCUCCUCUAGCAUUUUAGUGUUCAUUUUUAUUUUCAUUCUACAGCUCUUAAUUUAAAUUCUUUUUAAGUACUAUUUUCAUUUCUAAUUCUUAAUCAUCUUGUGAUGUACAUAGCCUUUAUCAUAAAUUGAAAAUAAAUCAAUGUUUGCAAUAGUACAUUUGAUAUUUAAGUACCUCUUAUCCUGUUGCCACAAAUUUCCUUCCCAAGAACCUUUCCUGCCUGUUACUUGUGUCCUCUCUUCUCCAAAAUUUUAUAUUACACACAACACUGACUUCCUACAUGGUUUCUUAAGAAAUUAGUGUGGUCAUAAAUUCACCCAAAUCAUUGUAAGGGGUAUAUAUGACCAACACAACAUCCUGUUACAUAUGAAUUGUUAAUUACACGUUUCAGCUCUCGUAUAACAAAUUUUCCAGUAGAUGUCCCAUUGAUAAUUUAUAAACUCAUUUUGUACCUUCAAUUUACCUGCAGUAUCUUCCAAAGGUCCAGGUCAGUAACACAUUUCAUGUAAUCGUUGUUCAUGCAGAUGUUAUAAUCAUCUAUAUUACCUUCAUCUCAAAGGAUUCAAUAACCAUUGUUUUUGUUUUUCUUGCUCUGUUGUGCCAUAUUUAUACAGUAACAACUGUUCUGUGUACAGAAAUUUGUCACACUUGCAUGCUGUCUCGCCAAGAAUGUUUUAUCUCAGUGGUAUUUUUGCUGUCAUUUACUCUUGAGGUUUCAGGGAGAGAAGCAGCAUAGUGAUUUAAAACAGUACAGUACAUUAAUAUAUACAUACCAUAUGCAGUAUACUAAUUAGACAGUAGACAUGUGUCUUAAAUUUUCAGUUUCUAACAUCAGUUUUAUUUAAAACUCCAUAUUUGACCUCGAAUACCUCAGGUUCUGUGUACUGUAUGAUUUAUUUACAUAUUACAUAAUACAUUUUUAAUUUGUU